CAACCCAUGGGUGUAUCACGGGAGAGGAAGAGAUAUCGCGCUGUCGCUGACGUUCUGCAGGUCAACAGUAUGACUAGUUGAAGCCGUCGAGGACGUCUGCAAGCCCGCAGGUUUGUCAGAUGAAGUAUUCAGAAUGGGGUUGAAAGACCGCCCCCAGUGCUAUUUUGAUGUAGAAAUCAACAGAGAGCCAGUGGGCCGUAUUGUGUUCCAGCUUUUUUCAGAUGUUUGUCCAAAGACAUGCAAAAAUUUUCUAUGGUUAUGUACAGGUGAAAAGGGGAUUGGAAAAACUACAGGCAAGAAGUUAUGCUAUAAAGGUUCCACUUUUCAUCGUGUUGUUAAAAAUUUCAUGAUCCAGGGAGGCGAUUUUACUGAAGGUAAUGGAAGAGGAGGGGAAUCAAUAUAUGGUGGAUAUUUUGAAGAUGAAAACUUUGUUCUCAAACAUGAUCGAGCAUUCCUAUUGUCAAUGGCAAACCGGGGCAAAGAUACAAAUGGGUCACAGUUUUUCAUAACAACAAAAAUGGCACCUCAUCUUGAUGGCGUGCAUGUUGUUUUUGGGUUAAUUAUCUCUGGCUUUGAGGUGAUUAAGCAGAUUGAAAAUCUGAAGACCGAUGCUGCAAGCCGCCCUUAUGCAGAUGUUCGUGUGAUUGAUUGUGGCCAGUUAAUAACUAAGUCAGCAAAUGAUGUUCUGGAACGUAAGCAGAAGAUUUCCCAUUCCUCAAAUUCUUCAGACACCUCUUCUGAGUCUUCUUCACCUACAUCGUCCUCUUCUGAGAGUGAUACAGAAGAAGAAAAGUUUAAGAGGAGAAAGAGAAAAAGGAGAACAAAGCACAAACAUUCUAAGAAAGUCAAGAAAGAAUUAAAGAAAAGGGAAAGUGUUAGUAAAAAAGUACUAUCUAGCCAAAGGAGAGAUUUUGUCAAGAAGAAUGUAGAUAAGGAGAGAAUAAAUGAAUUAAUUGUGAAGAGAGAAAAACCAGUUGUUCGACCAGAAGAAAUCCCACCAGUGCCCGAAAAUAGGUUUCUUCUGAGAAGAGAUAUGCCUGUUCCUGCAGCCAAGUCAGAUCAGACAAAUCUAGAUGACUCAGCAGUACAAAGUGAACAGAAGCCAACAGUUACAAAGUCUGGUCGCAAAGUGAAAGGCCGAGGUACAAUGAGAUAUCAUACACCUCCACGGUCAAGGUCUCAUUCUAAAUCUGAAGAUGAUGAGGAAAGCAGUGAGACACCUCCUCAUUGGAAAGAAGAAAUGCAAAGAACUAAAACCUUUAAACCAGCCAUUAGUGAAAAAUGGAGUAAAGGAGACAAACUUAAUGAACACUUUUCAAGCAAAUGGGAUGACAGGAGUGCAGCAUGGUCACGAUCUUGUUCGCGAUCCUUGUCCCAUGAUUAUUACUCUGAUCACAGCAAUGAAAGAAAUGACCAACACAGUAAGCACAAAAAGGAAAAGAAGAGAGGAAAACAUAAAAAGAAAACCAAGAAGCCAAAACAUUCAAAGAGGCAAAAAGUAUCCAAAACAAGACAAAGAAGAGAUUCCUCAGUGCUUGAUGAGGGAUCAUCUUAUACUUCAAGCAAAAGAUCCAAGAUUUCAGAGGGAAAUCAUAGAAGAUCUCGAUCUUCCUCCUUAUCAAGACCUUCGUCCAGAAAAGAUUGGUCAGGAUCUGACAAAAUUCGUAAUGCAUCCCUGUCUUCCAGAAGUUCUCAUUCUUGCACAAGAUCAAAAAGCAGAUCAAGAUCAUAUUCUACCAGCAGAUCAAGGUCCAGGUCUAGGACCGCAUCGAGAUCUAAAAGUAAAUCCAGGUCUAGAUCAAGGUCUGUAUCAAGAACACGCAAGAGAAGGUCUUCUAGAUCACCAAGGUAUACGCGAGCAAGUGAAAGCAGUAAAAGUAAAAUUGAUCCUCCAAAACAAAUACCACAGAAUAAUGAAAAGGUUGUGACAACUGCUGUAACUGAGAGUGUUCCUGUGCUUCCGUUAAGUGACAGCCCACCACCUUCAAGGUGGAAGCCUGGGCAAAAACCUUGGAAGCCUUCUUAUGUUCGUAUACAGGAAAUUAAGGCCAAACCAACUACAGAUACAUUUGUGCAAACAAGCUAUGCUAUAAGAAACAUAAAAGAGCACAGCAGUUCUUUGUAUCGUAAAUCUAGGUAUUCAGACAGUGAAAGAAGUGAUUACUCGAGGAACAGUGACAGAAGCUACAGAAGAAGGAGAUCUAGAAGCAGGUCUUCCAGAAGUAGGUCAUAUAGUAGAUCAUACACCAGAUCAAAAAGUAGAAGUUGCAGCAGUUCUGCAUCCCAGUCUCCAUUAAAGUAUAAGAGUCACUCUUCAUCCUCCAGCAGAUCAAAUUCAUAUGAUUCAUACAAAGGAAACAAAACAAAUAAAUCAAAAUCCAGAGAAAGAAGCACCAGGAGUUGUACAGACACCAAAGAAAGUAGCCCUGAAGGUGAUCAGUAUGAAGAAGACAAAAGUGUUACAGUGCAAAAGAGCCAAUCUGCUGAAACCUCCUCAGCGUAUUCUUCUGAUGGAGAACAUUGCACUGUAGAAAAAAAUACUCGACCUAGUGCUGAUUCGGAAAAACUAAAACAGCAAGAUUCAAAGUCCAAAAAAGGAAGUAUCAUAAUGGAUCACCAAAAGGAAGGUGAACCAGAUGCAGAGUUACUUACGGAUGAGCAGAAGUCCAAAUCUGGCUGGGACAGUGACAGUGAUGAUUCAAAAAAACCCACAAAUUUUACUGUUAUGUCUUCUGAAUUACAACACAUGGAUUCAGGUAAAACUGAUGAAAAGACUAGCAGCAGAAAAGAAUUUCCUAGCAGUAAAUGGGACUCUGAGAGUGGAACUGAUGCAGAGAGUAAAAAAGUGGCCCAAGAUGAAUCAAGAUGUUCAUCUGGUAAAGAGGAAGGGGAAGCCAGCUCAGACACGGACACUGAAGACCAUCACUCGGAGCACAGCAAAGCAAGCAAGAAGUCAGGUGUGAUAACAACUGUAGACACAGAAGUUGAAGUUAAAAAAUCCCCAAAAUUGACAACUUCAACUGCUGCUGAUGGCUCAGAUUAUAGUUCGGGAAAUGAAAAAGUCAGACGUAAGAAAAAAUCAAAGCAUAAACACAAGCACAAAAAGCGUAGAUCAACAAAAUAUGAAUCUGAAAGAGGAAGGACAAAGUCUAAAAAUAACAAAACAAAGAAAAAAAUCCAGAAACCAAAAGAAACAUUCCACUGGCAGCCUCCAUUGGAGUUUGGCGAAGAGGAGGAAGAAGAUGACACAAAGUAUAAUUAUGUGCCAACAGCCACAAAGAAGAAAACAAAGGAAAGUAAAACUGAAAAUUUGAGUGGUUUGUCAGAAAAAAAUAGUCUUAAUACUGAAGAAACCACCAAGACUUCAACAGAUUCUAGUCUGUCACAGUCUGUUCCUCAGAGUGCACAAAAGAAGGGCUAUGUAAAUAUAAAUAAACAGUUAUCAAAACGGGUCACUGCUAGUGGAAACAAACCCAAAGAAGAAAAGAAUAAGACAGUGAAAUCUGUGGAGUCCAACAUUAGGCAAGAAAAUAUGCCAAAGGCACCUGCAAAGAAUGAACAAUUUGACGAUUGUAUGGACUUAUGUACAUCUGAACAGAAUUCUCCUAGCAGUGAUAAUGUGCUGCAGUGUACUGAUGUAAAGAAUGAUGAACUGGUUAAAAAGAAAUCUGAAGAAAUGAUUAUAAACAAGGAAAAGUCUUUGCAAAAUACUGCACAGGUGAUGGAGUCCACCGAUACUAAUGCCAGUACACUUUCUAGUGUGCUUUUAAGUAAUGCCUCAGGAGAAACAACAGAUGGACAUUCCCAGAAUGAAAUGCAGAAUGUAUUUUCUGAUCCAAAAUGGAAGCCUCUCAAAGGCCUUUCUUUAGACCAGCUCGGCACAGCGAAUGCUGAAACGAAAAGCAUGGAUGGCACAGGAGAUGCUGGGGAGAACAAGCCUCAGGGCCUCAGGAUAGAAAUUAAAAGCACAAGUAAAGUUAGGCCAGGAUCUCUCUUUGAUGAGGUUCGGAAAACUGCAAGAAUGAAUCAGAGGCAGAGAAACCAAGAUAGCUCAAGUGAGGAAAGAUCACCUUCCGGAGAAGAGAAAAGCAAAUCUCGGAGCCGAACAAGAUCUAGAAGUAAAAAUCGAUCUGCUUCAAGCCACAGAACGAGGUCGAGGACGGUGUCAGUUUCUUAUAGUCACUCAAGGUCAAGAUCUAGGAGUUACAGCUAUUCCUAUAGGUCUCGAAGUUACUCUCGAAGUCACAGCAGAAGAAGGUAUAGCAGAAAUCGUUCCAGAUCUCUGAGUAGCACUUACAGAAGUUACCGAAGCGGAAGCAGUAAGACUUACAGUAAAAGUCGUUCCAGAAGCAGAUCGUAUGAAAGAUCUAGAAGAUCCAGGUCUUACACAUAUGACAGCUACUACAGCAGAAGUAGAAGUCAUAGCAGUAGAAGAAGCAGAGGCAGUUACCGAAAAUCUCGAAGUUAUGGCCGAAGGUCCAGAUCUUAUCGCUCUUACACCAGAAGUGAUCGAAGUUACUCCAGACGUCGCAGUUGCAGUGAAAGUAGCCGAUAUAGUUGACAUGGCUAGACAGAAUCCUGGAUUCCUUGAUUAUUUUUGUUAAAAGGAAUACAUUAAAAUAAUGUAUUAUGGGUACACGAGCAUGGUAGCAUGUUGCAUUAUAUUGUGUAAAAAGCUUUCUUUAGCUUAUGUUGAAUUAUUAUUAUGGUAAAUAUACUGUUUUUUGUAAAUACAUUUCUAAGUUUUUUAUUUCAUUUUCUCUUAUGUGAAUUAUUUAAAAUGAUGAAACCAUGAAUCUAUAUAGAACUGAUAACUGCCCAAAAUAUUUUAUUCAAUUACUAAAUGUGAUGAAAGAUAUUUUAUGUUUCAAUAUUAUCUCCAGAUUUUGUCUUCAUCUUAUGUGUGUGGUUGUGUAUAUAAAAUUUAUAUACAUACACAUAAGUUGGUUUUGAAAAGAUGCCUUAAGCUUGAUCAAAGCUGGAAAAGUAAUGUUUUAUGCUAAACACAUUUUAAACACAUGUGGAAUAAAAAAAAAUUUAAAAA